AUGGAACCAGGAUCGCCAUCAUUGCUGUGGCCGCUGCGCCUGAGCAAGCCGGCCGUGACGGUGCCCGUUCCGGACACUGAGGAUAGCAGUAAAACAGAGGAGCGAGCACCUUCGCCUGUGCUUGCCGACCGGUUGGCCGCGGCUCCUUCACCUCCUAGCCCGCCUGCCCCUAGCAGUCCGCCGCCACCUCACCACCAAUUUCAAGCGGCGCUAGUCGCUGAGAAAUACCUUUUAUUGGAACAGGUUGAGGGCUCAUCCCUUUGUCGGUGUGUGGACGUGCGAACGCAAGAGGAGUAUGUUUGCAAAGUGGUAUCACGAGACUGCAGCAGUUUACUCCAGGCCCACUAUCGUCUAGAUGGCCAUCCGCACGUAAAUCCUAUACACGAAGUUCUAGUCGGCGAUAAGAGGGUGUACUUAAUAUUCCCUCGAUCACACUCUGACCUCCAUUCAUACGUGAGAGCGAGAAAACGACUAAGGGAACAUGAAGCUCGCAGAUUGUUCAGACAAAUGGCAGAAACAGUAGCGGCGUGUCAUAAACAAGGCAUUGUUUUACGGGAUCUCAAACUGAGGAAGUUUGUCUUCGCGGAUCCUCAAAGAACGACGUUAAAACUCGAGUCGUUAGAAGACGCAGUUGUACUUGAUGAUCCUGAAGAAGACUUACUUCAGGAUAAGCGAGGUUGUCCCGCAUACGUGUCACCGGAAAUCCUGAGAGCGCAUCGGACGUACUCGGGCAGAGCGGCAGAUAUGUGGUCACUCGGAGUAAUAUUGUACACCAUGCUUGUUGGAAGGUAUCCAUUCAAUGAUUCAGAGCAUGCAUCACUGUUCGCGAAGAUAUCACGUGGGUACUUCGUAGUGCCCGAGUGCCUGUCAUCGAGAGGAAAAUGCUUGAUACGAUCGCUACUGCGGCGAGAAGCGUGUGAGCGACUUAGCGCGCGGGACGUGCUGAGGCACCCGUGGCUGGCGCGUGACCCGCGGAACGAACUCCCUCCUCGGGCUGCAGCUUCCCACGAUCGUCUGGUCCCUGACAUUGACAUGGACGAAGAUUGCGUCUAG